UGAAGGCGUCUGGACACCCGAGGGCAGCGGGCCCCUCUUGUCUUUCCACGCGCUGAUGCGGAACAGCGGAAGCGCUGUUUACGAAAUUGGUGACAUGCUGCUGCAAACCUGCUGAAAACGCGUGAAAAGCGCUUCAUGUCGAAGCUCCGUGUCUGUCCGACAGGCUACACUGCGGUAACUCGUGAUGCCGCGGACAGACUCUUCUGACAGACGCGCUGCGGAACAUCUCAACGGGAUUUGAAAACCGGUUCAAAUUAGCAAACUGUCUUACCUGCAGUUAGCUACAUUCAGCAGCUAUGACACCGAUGAUGAAUAAAGAUUCGGCCGUUCUUCAGGGUGCUUUCCUCCUGGCUGAUAAGCUGUGUCUCCCCUCCUCCCUGUCCUCCCUUCAGAAAGCGGACUGGAGCAGGGUGGGACAUCCGGUCCUGGAGGCAGUCAGAGAACUCUGCAGACAAGAUGAACUCAGUGCACAUCCCACCGAAACGGCUGUCACCUGGAUAAAGAAAUUAGUUUGUGUUGUGUGGCUGAAGCUGUUGUGCAGAGAGACUGGAGAAGACGCAGAGAUGGCCUGGAGGGAGAACCCUUUCUUCCCCCUCCAGAACGGCCUCCCUGAGGUCAACCAUGUUGUCCUGCUGGAAGUGGUGAAGUCGAUGGCAGCUGCUCAGACAUUUGCCCGUUUCCUCUUGUAUCUUCCUCAAUCUCAGAUCUGUACUGAGCUUGAAAGGCUAGUGCAACAUGUGAGGAGCAGCCCUACUACAGAGGACGAUGUCCGACUUUUUCUGGAGGUGUGGUGGGAGCUGUGGAAAGGCCGAGAUGAGCAGAAAGCGGGAGGAGAGGAUAACAUAGAGACGGUGUUUGCUAGACAGUUUGCUCGUCUCUCCUCCAAGUCUUCCAGUCUGACCCCUCAGGCUGCCAAGAGGUUAAAGCUAGACACGUCAGAUCUACCAGCAUCGUCGCCAACCGCUGAUGUCCUCCACAUUGUCCUUCAUGCACUUAAAGACAUAAAAGAUCACAUAUCUACAACAGAUCUUUGCCUGCUGGCCCUCUCCAUUUCUCUUGAUGCUGUUUACACAGCCUUCCUAAUAGACCAAGCUGUCGUACUUCCAACCAAAGAGAAGAUGCACAUCCUGUCUAAAGUCAUCAGCAUCAGAGAAAAGAAUGAUGAGAAACUGAGUCCUGAACUUAUUCGGGAGGCUCAGAGAGACCUACGUGCUUCUCACACACCAUUUCACUUUCACCCCAGCAGGAUGAAGCUUGGUGAAGCCUUGAAGAUUAUAACAGAACUUGCGCAGUUUUGGCAAAACAGUGGGCUCCUGAAAGUGGUUAACAGCUCUGAUCCCAGCUACUCAGCAUUCAAACUAGAACAAAGUGUCCAGAGAGUCCUGACAGCUCUACAGAAAGCAGAAGUGGCUGAAACUAUGACUGAAAUGGAUGAACACGAGACUGAGAGGAAUAUGCUCAGAGGUUUGCUGGAGUCACUGGCUUUCCCUGCUACAGAGAGCACCCCCGAGGUGAACGCGAGGGUCACCACGAUCAUCAUCAGUCACCGCCUGGACGACUAUCAGAACUUUGCGGUGUUAUUUGCCAGUGAGAAGAGUUGGUCUGCCUGUGAUGAGCACUGGAUGGCCUGCCUGGAAAAGAACCAAGCAGCCUUCCAGCAGUACGACACACUGAUCAAACUGACCUCCACCCUUAUGAGUAAACUCCACAGUGAGAGCACAAAUGUGAGCCAGUGCAGGAAGCUGAUGAAAAUCAUUGCAGACAUUUUCUCUGCGCUUUCCCUAAAAGACAAGAACAAAGCGUUGACUGCCAUGUUGCGACUCUCCAGCAGGGGGUUCUUUGGGUGCUCCGUCCCCUCUGCUGUGACUGACGGGUUUGAACAGGAGCUCAACAUGGCCUUCAACUGCAUCAUCCAAGGGGGUGGGGCAUCAGCAGCGGCGUCGCAGGGCAACCUGAACACAGCAGUCUCUUUAGUAGCAAGAGUUGCGUUUCAGAACCCGGAGGCUGCUUUGAGGUCUUGUUGUCAUUCAGCUAUUUUCAAUAAAGGGGCUUUCUCUCUUAUGGCUAAGAUCCUGCAGCAGCUGCCUGGACUCAAAGGACAGAGGGAAAGUAAAGAUGAAGCUCAGAGUGAUAAAGAGGCUGAGGAAAGUAUAGACGAAGGAAAGGAUGCUCUGAGUGGUAGCGGUCUACUCUGCAGGUGUCUACAGGAGAUGAUCAAGACCAAAUCAUUGUCAGCCAGUGAAAAAGAGCAGCUCCUUAAGUGUCUGGGUCUGCUGAUGAUGCCUGUCAUGCCAGUUGAAGGAGAAGAAAGGAUGCAAAGCUUUCUGCCACCCGAGGAGGUCGUGAACAUUUUCGUCCUGCCUAACCUCUCCACUAUGGGUCAAAGCUCCUUCGAUAUAGAACUGAGUCUGCAGCUUCUCCACACUGCUCUGUCUGUGGACAGCCAGGAACAAGCCUCUUCUGCUCGCUGGGUGUUGGACUGCUCUCCCUUUCCCCUGCUCUAUGUCCUGGCCCAGCUGCACAGCCAGACUCUCAGGUUUGCACGACGACCUGUUCACCUCCAAGUGAUAACUGUAACCUGCCUUUUGAUUUCAACACAUAUCGAAAUCUCUGCUAGGUGUUGGGAGCAGCCACCAGAGGGCACUGUCCACCACUGGUCCAUGGACACCAAGGAGCUGCUGGUGGUGGUGCUGACCACACUGGGGCAGGUGGUGGGUGCAGAGGUGGCGGCAGCCCCCAGCAGCUGGUCCAGAGCUCUGUUCUGGCUCUACAACAAGAUGGAGGAACUGGACUGGACCGUUCGUUUCCACCUGAAGCCCGUUUGGGGGGAACACUUUAAAAACGAGGUUCCCUCGUCUCUGCUGACUGUGUGUGAUCUACCUGAGCAGGAGUGGUCAGGUUUGGACCUGCCUCAGUAUGGUCAGGGCACAGGUCUUUUGGCCUGGAUGGAGUGCUGCUCUAUAUCAGACUCCCUGCAGUCCACCAUGUUGUCCCAUCUCUCUCUGGACCAGCGCCGAACCGACCACGUCAGCAUGUUCAGCAAAGGCCUGCUGGUGGCUCUGACCCAGACCCUGCCCUGGUGCUCCGUCUCCCAGUGGACCAGACUGCUGAGAGCCCUGAGGGAGCUGAUUACCUCAGGUCGCCUCCACGUUCCCUUCUCGCUCGAGUACGUGGACUACCUGCCCCUCCUGGAUCUGAGGAGGUUUUCCUGUGAGCUCCGCCUGUCUGUCCUCCUGCUCCGGGUCCUUCAGCUGCUCUGCGGGUCCAGCUGCUCCCACUGGCUGGCAGCGGACGGCUGGGCACACGUUGGCAGGCUAUACGCCCACGCUGUGAGGGAGAUGAUCAACUCAGUAAGAGCCAAGCUUCCUCUUCCAUCAUCUGGUGCUUUGACUGUCUCUGCUUCAACGUCUCCUAAAACCCCAGCGUCCGGAGACUUCAGUCCUUCCUGCACUUCAGUCAAAGCUCCUAAAAUGUCCAAAGACACUCUGAAAGACCUUAAACAAGCAGAUCUUCUGAAAUCCAAAGAGUCCCAAAUGGAGGAGGAGGUGGAGACAGUUCCCAGCCAGGAAGUCCUUUUUGUACUCAGCCAGCUCUUCUGCCAUGUUCAGCACAUCCAGGUGAUGAUGCCGGGAGGCCAGUGUGAACCGUUGUUCCUGUCCAGUCUGGAGAUCCUCAGCCACUACGAGGCUGUCAUGGCCGCUUUCCCAGACAGCAGCAGCCCGCUGGAGAGCGACAACACUCGGCACUUCUUCUCCACCAUCACGGACAACCUGGAGAACCAGGAGAUGAAGGCUGUACUGCAGCAGAAGAUCGCUCAGCUUGUGUCAUCGGCAGCUUAACACGCCGAGUUUUCAUGUUUACCACCGGAGGAUUAGGACUCUCAUAUGUUUGCUGAUAAAAUAAAUAAAAUCAUUUCAGUUGUCAAUGUUGUACGCUCUACUAGUGAUGGUAAGGAAUCUGAGUGAAUAAAGAGCCGAUAUGUCACAUUAAA